CUCACACGCGCCAAGUAAGAUAAAGAAUAUGCAGAGUGAAAUUCAAGCAAGUGAAGGGUCGGCACGUAUGCAGCAAAUGAAGUUUUGGCAUGUCUCGCACGACGACACAAUGCAGCACCAACAACAACGCAAGGAAGAUAUCAACGCUGAACUUUGUGAUAUAUGUGGUGAUCGUGGAUUUCCCGAAACAAUUGUUACUUGCUCUAAAUGCCAUGUAAAUCGGGAACAUUGUUAUUGCAUGAGAAUUAAUACCUUAGAAAUUCCUGAAUAUUGGCUUUGUGAGUCUUGCCAAUCCAAGGGUGUUUCAAAUUCACCACCCAGGGUGAAUCAAGAUAUUGGUCAAUGGGCUUCUAAAAUGCAACGAGCUGUUAGAACAAGGAAAGUGAAGUUCCUUCAUGAGGAUGAAGUCAUUAAACUUUCCUCAGGAAAAGCUUUUGUUGGAUCGAAAAAUGUCAUUUCAAAGAUUCCCUCCCUGCCUCCAAAACCAAAUCCUCCCAUAUCAUCCCCUAAAUUACUUGGGAAGCUUCCAAGAAAUGAUGAAGUACAAAAGAAGCGAAUGACUAAUCAACAUGCCUCUUGCUCAUUGACAAAAGGACCACCAAAGGAGUUUAUUGGAAAAAUUCAGCUACCAAUGGGUGGAGUGGUACCUGAUAAAAAACUUCAAACCCAUGAUCUUCAAAAAGAAAAGCCUACAAAAAGGGCACCUUUUGAAGCUUUAUCAACGAUAAAAUCUCCCCUCAUUGUUGGUUCAGGUGGUAUCCGUGUCGUUGAUGCUGAAUGUAACAAAUCUAAUACUGAAAAAAUUGAUCCUAAGAGUGUUAAGGAAAUCUUAAACCUUGAUCAUAAAUUUUUACCUUCAUAUCCUACCUGGAAAGAGGAUUCAAGAGGAGAUACAGUGUGGUGCAUAUCGAGAGAAAGAAGACAGCAAAAUCAACUAAGGGGUCAAUUCCAAAUUCUUCAAACUGCUGCAUCCGGUGAAGUUUUUGAUGGGUUUGAGGCCCGACCACCAUGCAUUGUUAACCGGAAAGCAUAUGAAUUUUCUAAAGAAAUGCCAUCAGUUCUUCAACUUAAGUCACUUCCUGCGUUGAAUGUCAUGACUGACAUAUUCCAGGAUGAUUCUCCUAAGCUUCAGGAUAUUGCAUUGUACAUCUUUCCAUCAGAUAAUACUGAGAGGUCCAGAAAGAACAUGAAUACCAUAUUGAAAUUUAUGAAUGAUCAGAAAUCAAUGCUGAGAAGUUAUAUUAAUGGAGUGGAGUUGCUGGUAUUUACUUCAAAUCAACUUGACAUGAAUACUAGCGGUGUUAUUGCUGCAGUAAAUGCUGGACACUUUCUGUGGGGAAUCUUCCGCCACAGUAAAAUUGAUAAAGCUAUUGGAAAUGCACCUGACAUGGAGCCAGUUGAUAUGGACAUUGAUAUGAUUGGAGGGAAGGACGUGGUGGGUAGAGUUGAUCAUAUUAGAAAUGAUAAACCCAAGAGUGUUCCUUUGAUGGAUGUUCCUCCUGGCUUUGAUGCACUAGUUUAAAUAUCUUCAAGUGAAACUUGCUGUAAUCUUUUCAUGUAAAACUGCUACAGAAGAAAUUGAGACCUUCCAGAUGGUGUGUGAACAAGUUGAACUAAAAUAUCAUCAGAAAUUGGUAGAUUACCAUAGUUAGAAA